GAAAAGACACCCCAAAAAAAAAAAAUAAAAAAAAAUACAGAGAGAGAGAGAGAGAGAGAGAAUAGAUAGAGAAGCCAAAAGGAUGAGCAAGGGCAGAAACAGAGCUCUCCCUCUUUGCUUCCCACCUUCGUCAUCUCCUUUCACAUCUCCAUCUCUCUCUCUCUCUCUCUCUCUCUGAAGAUAAACCCAGAUAAAUUCUGACCUUUUUCUCUGCUUUUCCUUCAUUUUCUGCUUCUCUCUCUUUCUCUCUGAGUCUGAAUUUCUAUGAUUCCCCACUGAAGCAGCUGGUGGGGGGGACAGAGCUUGAGCAAACGAGUUUCAUAGUCAUGGGUUGCUGCGAAUCGUCCUUCUUAAAGAGGAGGCUUCACUACCGGCGAAAGGGCGACCAGAAUACGGUGUUUAACCAGUCUCACCCGCCGUCCAACGGCACCGAUCCCGCCGGCGGGGACUCCGGCGGUGGGGUCCCGUCCUUCUCGCAGUUCUCCCUCGCCGACCUCAAAGCCGCCACCAACAACUUCAGCUCAGACUUCAUCGUCUCCGAGAGCGGGGAGAAAGCCCCCAACGUUGUGUACAAGGGUCGCCUCCAGAACCGCCGGUGGAUCGCCGUCAAGAAGUUCACCAAGCUCGCCUGGCCUGACCCUAAGCAAUUUGCUGAUGAAGCGUGGGGUGUUGGGAAGCUGCGACAUCGAAGGCUGGCGAAUUUGAUUGGGUACUGCUGUGACGGCGACGAGAGGCUGCUUGUUGCUGAGUAUAUGCCCAACGAUACCCUCGCCAAACACCUAUUCCACUGGGAGAAUCAGACCAUUGAGUGGGCCAUGCGGUUAAGAGUUGCCCUCUUUAUAGCUGAAGCAUUAGAUUAUUGUAAUACUGAAGGCCGUCCAUUGUACCAUGAUUUAAAUGCCUAUAGGGUUCUCUUCGGCGAGAAUGGUGAUCCACGGCUUUCAUGUUUUGGUUUGAUGAAGAACAGUAGAGAUGGAAAAAGUUAUAGCACAAAUCUUGCGUAUACUCCCCCUGAGUAUCUAAGAAAUGGAAGGGUCACUCCUGAAAGUGUUGUCUUCAGCUUUGGGACUGUCCUUUUAGAUCUUCUUAGUGGGAAGCACAUCCCUCCAAGUCAUGCUCUUGAUAUGAUAAGGGGCAAAAACAUUCUUCUACUAAUGGAUUCACAUUUGGAGGGAAACUUUUCAACUGAGGAGGCAACAGUGGUUUUUGAUCUUGCCUCACGGUGCUUGCAAUAUGAACCUAGGGAGCGACCAAAUCCCAAAGAUCUUGUUUCCACACUUUCACCACUGCAGAGUAAACCUGAUGUCCCAUCGUACGUGAUGCUAGGGAUUCCAAAGCAUGAGGAAGCACCUCCUACUCCUCAACAUCCUCUUUCUCCUAUGGGUGAUGCAUGUUCACGGAUGGAUCUCACAGCUAUUCACCAGAUCUUGGUGAUGACACACUACAAAGAUGAUGAACGAACCAAUGAGUUAUCUUUCCAAGAGUGGACUCAACAAAUGAGAGAUAUGCUGGAGGCAAGAAAACGUGGGGAUUUGGCAUUCCGUGACAAAGAUUUUAAGACUGCCAUAGAUUGUUAUUCUCAGUUUAUAGAUGUGGGAACAAUGAUUUCGCCAACUGUAUAUGCCCGGCGGAGUCUCUGCCAUCUGCUCUGUGAUCAACCUGAUGCUGCCCUCCGGGAUGCAAUGCAAGCACAGUGUGUCUAUCCAGAUUGGUCGACCGCGUUUUACAUGCAGGCAGUUGCCCUUGCCAAGCUCGACAUGCACAAAGAUGCAGCUGACAUGUUGAAUGAAGCUGCUGCCCUAGAAGAAAAAAGGCAAAAAAUUGGAAAAUGAUGCACCCUGUAAAAUUCUUCAGCAAUUGGUGCUAAAAUCAUCAAUUGCUGGAAUAAUUGUUGUAACAGAUGUAACAGAUCUUGAGUGUUAUAUGCUUGAUCAUCUAAGUUGGGAUUGGAUCCAGAAGUGUACCAUAGGAAGAGAGAGUUGCACUUGUAUUUUUCUUUUUUUUUUUUGUCCUAUUUUUGGAAAAUUGGUAGUGCUAUUUUUUGUUUCCUGAAUUUCUUGAAUGAUGAACUGGGUUUAACACUGUGUACACAAAAUGUAUUUGAGGUUUUUAUAAUACAACACGAUUUUGAAGGUUA